AUGGCGGCUGCAAAGCCAACCCCCACGGACUCGCUCUCGUUCUGCCUCGCGCAGCUCACAGCGGCGGCCGGGGACGGUCUGGGUGGGGGAAAGGAUAUGGCUACCAACGAGACACCCCUGGGGCGUGCGCUCUUAGCCCUCCGCACGCGCCACGUCAAGGCAGCAGGGGGAAUCGAACGCUUCCGGGCACGCGGCGGGCUCCGCCCACUUCUUGCGCUGCUACGGCGAGCGGCUGCGGCGGACCCCGCCCCACCCCAGGCAAGCCCUGGCUCCGCCCCUCCAGCGGUUUCUGCUGGUCCCGCCCCCCCAGUGGGCUCCACCCCCUCUGCUGCGACCUCAUCGACUUCUUCGCCGCCAGCGCGCCUGCGCAAGACGCUGGACUUGGCCCUCAGCAUCCUAGCCAACUGCUGUACGGAAGGGGCGUGCCGGGCUGAAGUGCGCAGACUCGGAGGCAUUCUACCAUUGGUGACCAUUCUUCAGUGUGUGAAGACAGACAGCAUCCAGAACCGAACAGCCCGUGCUCUGGGGAACUUAGCCAUGGAGCCUGAGAGCUGUAGGGACAUCCACUCUGCUGGUGCUGUCCCCCUGCUCCUGGAGAGCCUGGCGGCCUGCCAGGACUCACAGUGCCUCCAGAGUGUGGUACGUGCCCUCCGCAACCUUGCAGACUCCCCCCAGCACCGCUUGGCCCUGGCGCAGCAGGGAGCAGUGCGCCCGCUGGCCGAGCUGCUGGCCGCCACCCCAGACCCGGCCCUGACUUCAGCCCUGGUCCGCGCCCUCCUGGAACUGAGCCGAGGCUGCUCCCGGGCCUGUGCUGAGCAGCUGAGUCUGGGCGGGGGGCUGGGUCCCCUCGUCAGCCUCGCCUCGCACCCUAAGCGGGCUGUGCGGGAGGCGACCAUCCUGACCCUCGCCAACCUGUGUGCCCAGGGCCUGAUUCGGCCCGCCCUGGGCAAUGCCGGCGGCGUGGAGGUGCUGCUAGGAGAGCUCCGGAGGCGCCGGGACCCCAGCGGGGCCAGCCCGGCCUCCCAGCAGCCGCUGGUGCGGGCCGUCUGCUUGCUCUGCAGGGAGGCCAUCAACCGCGCCCGGCUGCGGGACGCUGGUGGUCUGGAGCUGCUCAUGGGCCUGCUUCGCGACUCUCACGCCAGGGCCUGGCACCCUCGCGUGGUGGCCGCGCUCGUGGGCUUCCUCUACGACACCGGGGCCCUGGGCCGCCUGCAGGCGCUGGGGCUGGUGCCCCUCCUGGCCGGCCAGCUCUGUGAUGAGGCUGGCGAGGAGGAGGAAGAGAGCAGAGAAGCCGCUUCCUGGGACUUCCCUGAGGAACGGACCCCCGAGCGGGCCGAGGCCGGGAGCUUCCGAAGCCUCAGGUUGUGGCUCAUUUCUGAAGGCUAUGCUGCCGGCCCUGGAGACAUCUCUCCCGACUGGUCCCCGGAGCACUGCCUGCCACCAGAGCCCUCUGAGCCAUCCAGCCCUGUCCCAGGCCCGACCUCGCUGCAGACACCACGCACCCUGGGCACCCCUCGACGCAGCCCUGCCGCCACCCCAGAGGAGCCUUGGGGUCGCGAGGGGCCGGCACUGCUGCUGCUGUCCCGCUUCUCCCAGGCUCCCGACCCGAGCGCGGCACUCGUGACAGGCCCGGCGCUGCACGGCCUGCUGGCCUACGUGACGGGUGCACCCGGCCCGCCGAACCCCCGCGCGCUGCGCAUCCUGGCGCGCCUCACCUGCAACCCCGCUUGCCUCGAGGCCUUCGUGCGGAGCUACGGUGCGGCGCUGCUGCGCACCUGGCUGGUGCUCGGCAUUGCUCCUGACGACUGGCCCACGCCGCGUGCCCGGCCUGCCCGCAACAGCCAGCACCAGGAACUGGGUGAAAUGCUGCUGCAGAACCUGACCGUGCAGGCCGAGUCUCCCUUCGGCGUGGGCGCCCUCACCCACCUGCUGCUCUCUGGGAGCCCUGAGGACCGCGUGGCCUGCGCACUGACCCUGCCCUUCAUCUGCCGGUGA